AUGCCAGCACCCGUGAUAUCCCCAGCUGAACGUGACUACAUUACACAAGGAGUGGAAUACGAUUGUCGAGCUGAUGGUCGUGGACGUCUUGAAUACCGUCACCUUGUUCUUGAGACCGGCAUUUUAUCACAAACCAGCGGCAGUGCACGAUGUCGGUUGGGAGACAGUGAUGUUCUUGUGGGUGUCAAGGUGGAGAUUGGUGAGAUUGAACAAGGACAGCCUGAUCAAGGCCGUAUUGUAUGCAACGUGGAAUGUUCUCCUAGUGCUUCACAACAAUUCGAAGGACGCGGUGCCGAUGAUUUGAAUACAGCCUUGACUUUAUCAUUGGAUCGAUUAUUCAAUGGCCCUCAGAAUGGAUUGGAUUUAUCAAAGUUAUGCAUUGUCCCUGGACAACAAUGCUGGGUGAUUUAUGUGGAUGCCAUGGUGAUGGAUUGUGCUGGUAAUCUUUUUGAUUGUAUUGUCAUGACAGUGCGUGCUGCUCUCUUUGAUACCCGUAUUCCACGCACGGAAUUGCAAGAUCUUGGUGAUGGCGAAUAUGAAUUCGAAGUCAUGGAUGAUGUGGAAGAUGCAGUACCUAUUGCGGAUUGGGAUCGAUUGCCCAUCUCGGUGACUUUGUACAAGAUUGGAGAACGAUACAUCAUUGAUCCUACCAUCUUGGAAGAACUCUCCUCGGAAGUUACCUUGACUGUUGGCAUCAACAAGGAUGGCGCUACAUGUGGCAUGCAAAAGGGUGCUGGUGGAAGUAUCAACCCAAGCUUAUUGACCGAAAUGGUUCAGACGGCAUCCACCAUUGGCAAAUCGUUGAUCAGUCAAUUGGAUAAAAAGUUGAUUGCGGAUGAUGAGGCGGUGCAAACCAAAAAGAUGCAUGGCGAACCUGUUCAGAAGCUUGGUUUCUUUGCUGCUGUCAUUUAA